AUGGGACUUUUAGGCACAGUCACACUACUGGAGAUCAAACAGGUGCCAAAUGGUAACCGAAUUGCCUAUUGUUUGCCAUCGGGCGAGUUUAUCUUUGUAGCAAACACAUGUGCACCUGAGUUUGGUGCUGCGAACGCUGCAGAUCUUUACGGUGAUAAUUUGUUCCAGUUCUUAGCGCUUGGAGAUGCCGAAAAGCUUGAAGAUUAUUUACGACUGCAGCAACUGGAUAACAAUAGUGAUCAGGCCUUUACUACGACACAAGAGAUGCGCAUGGUGGUGCGUCUGCCGAAUGAUCCUAGCACACAAUUGUGGAUUCAGCUGUCGACGAUUCCACUCACUCUGCGGAUGAUGCGGUGCAUUGACACCAUCCGCAGCUUUAGCACAUCGCUAGGUCAUUUUGCGGACUCAUCUAGUUUUGUGCUUUCGGAGGACGAGUUUAGCUCUCUAUUGAGUAAUCCAGUGGAACGUACGGGGUCGUCGUUUGCACUGGGUAUUUCAUCCUUUUCGGCUGCACCGUUGCUGUAUGAAGACGACGACGACAUGAUGUUUUUUGAGUCAAAAAGCAGUUGCUCGUCACCGGCGAGCUUCACUUCCAUUGUACCUUUGGAACUGAAGCAUCGUCAUCCUAAUUUUGCAAUGGCUCGUAUUCAUGUGGAAGAUACUGGAACCGAGGAGACAAGUGAUGACGACGAUGAAGAUCUCAGGGCGUCACUGUCGAAUUUGGCAUUUGAAGCCGAUUGGCUAAGUGAGACUGUUUCGGACGACACGGCACACGUCAUGAUACCAGCAGGAUCGAUCACAUCUUCAUCGACAGCUUCACUUCCCAUGGCAACGACUCCACGUUUUCGAGCUGAACUCGUGACUUAG